GAAUUCUUUCAAGGGACAGAAGUAGCCAGAUUCAACAAUUGCCGGUCGUUGAGAUGCCAGUUGUUGAUGUUGUGGAUUCAGCAUCGAUAAGUGAACCACGUUGAGAUGUUAUUCUAAGAUCAGUCAUUGCUCGACGUCGCUUCCUGGACUCAUCUCAACAAUUGUGCUUAAAUGUCCAUUCGACGACUGGAUCGAAAGAGUGGUCAGGUCUCUACAGAGGCACCCAUUAUGUCAACUCUGGCAUCGUUAAAAGGCCCGUCUUGGGUACACGAAUCCCCCUUUCUGACGGAAGGAUGGGAAAACAGAAGCAAGGCUGGCUCACCAUCGCUGAAGCAUUCUGCAAUGAGAAAGACGCUGUCUGACCAGAGAAACUUGACGCCUCAACUAUUCGCAAACGUACCAUGGCGUAUCGCAAGCUAUCUUUGGGACUGCUUGGGCAAAAGCAGGAAACAGACUGUUUACAUGUGGAAGCUAUUCGCAACAGCUUAUCCAAUCGACUUCCGGGGUAUCAAUCAGUACCGCUCAAUGAAGAUCGAAGGACCUAAAAUGUCAAUGCGAGACUAUCUCGGUCUGGUGAAGAGUGAUUCGCUAAGCUGGGGAGUUGCAUUGACUCUGGCCAAUUUAUUUGCCAGGGUCCCUGAACUUGUGGAUAUUGCUAGCAUUAAGAAUCUCGUGGCCCUGGAGAUCAUUACACUCUCGCAAAUCGCGACUAUCCCAGAAGAGACCGAUGCAGCUGGGGCUACUCUGAGUGAUCGGAUUGUUCGGACUUGGAGCGAGCUAGCACAGACCUCUGCGGCGUUUUCCCACCUUCGUGUGCUGAGGUUAUAUAACCAGGAGGAUCUUUCAAAGGUUGCGUUGCGGUACAUGGAUGCCUUUCCUUCGUUGCGAUUGAUUAUUGCCCAUGACUGUCCACAUUUCACUUCUCUUGUGAAACACGGCCCUAUAGAACUUGAUGGAUGGGAAGUAUCAACCAUAUCCCAGCCGAAGAAAAGUAACGAAGAUCCAUCCGAGCCAGAUACGCUCUACGAGUGUUACAAGACAAGCCUUAUGGAUAUUGAGACACAGGAUCAACCCACUCUGAGAGAUACUCCUAUAUUGGACUUUCAAGUAGGCCAAAUCAACCCGACAAGACGAAAAAAACAAUCCACAGUGUACCUGGAGCGAAAGAAGAACGCGGACUCUACUCAAGAACCAGCGACGAAAAAGCAGAAGCUGGCUUCUACAGCUGCAAAGAAGCCCAAGACCAAAGGGCCCGUGAUGAAAGACCGUAAAGCAAAAGACCUGCGAUGUCUCCUGCAAGACUUUCUCUGAUUCCACUGACAUCAUCGACAUGAUGAUGUAACCCAAUGCAGAUGCUACAGCAUGCCAGCUUCAAU